CACUAUUAAGAGGAGAGUUAAUAAGCGACAACACUUUAUUUUCCUGUGUAUUCAGUUAUACAUUUCAAAAGAAACUCGUCAAAUUUUCACGAAUCAAGACUUCAGUAGUAAAUAAAUUCUGAAAUAUGUUUCGCCAUUUUGUGGUAAUGAUGGUGCUUUUUAUAACUACUGACGCGCAAUUGGACAGGAACAAGAGGGAUUUCUUUUCAGAAGUUUUGAAAAAAGAUGGCACCAACUUGCAAAAAGUUUCUUCCUUAGGUAAUCUUCCUUCAGUACGUUUGACCAAUUUUAAAAACGUGAAUUACUAUGGCUCCAUUAAAAUUGGAUAUCCACCGCAAGAAUUUAAAGUUGUAUUUCAUUGUGGUUCCACACAUCUUUGGGUAUUCUCCAAAAAUUGCACAAUGCCUUUUUGUUCAGGACAUAAUCAAUAUAAUAGUAUGGAUUCCUACACAUAUAUAACAAAUAAUGUUGAGAUUGAUAUAGAAUACGUUGAUUACAGUAUUGGUGGAUUUCUAUCUACUGAUAUAGUGAAUGUUGCCAAUCUCAUUGUAAAGAAUCAAACAUUUACGGAAACGAUAUACAUAUUAUAUGAAGAUACAUUUGAUAUAUAUAAACAAGAACUUGAUGGUCACUUCGGCCUGCUCUCUUCUAAUAUACAUGAUGGUGGAAUAACGCCUGUCUUCGACAACAUGAUUGAACAAGGUCUAGUGUCAUCACGCAUUUUCAGUUUUUAUCUAAAUAGGGACACUUCAGCCGAUUUAGGUGGUAUAUUGACAUUGGGUGGUUCCGACCCUGCUUAUUACAAAGGAGAUUUUACAUAUAUUCCUAUUACUAACAAAGAGCACUUGCAAUUUACCAUUCAUAGCAUCAAUAUACAAAAUUUUACUUCCUGCGAGGAAGGCUGCCAAGCUGUCGCUGAUCCAAGUGUUUGGCAAAUAAUUGGACCACGAUUUGAUAUUGCAAAUAUUUAUCAAUUUAUUGAAUCUAAUCGACAAGGAACAGUGGACUGCAAUCGAAUUUUCCAAUUUCCUACAAUCAGUUUUAAUUUGGAUGGUAAUUUAUUCGAUCUUACUGGUGAAGAUUACAUCAUUCGGCAUCCAGAUGAUGAAAGUAUAUGUAUACCCGUUUUCUCGAAACAUCAUUCAAUAUAUGAUGAAACAGAAUGGAUUCUGGGAAUGCCAUUUAUUGGCCGUUAUUACACCGAGUUUGAUUUGGAGAAAGACCGAAUGGGAUUUGCUUUGGCGAGAAAUGUAUAGAAUUUAUCAAAAUGUAUAGAAAAUCUUUUAUUGUCACCUUUUAUUGUAUAUUUUAUUAUAAUUUUUUAAAUUACUUGUUUAGUUUUCGGUAAGAAAAACAUUUAAUCUUUUCUAAUCGCCAAACGACAAAGUCUGCAUAUUAUUAUCAAUGUAAAUUUUUGCGCAAUCUACAUAAUUUUUAAAAGCAAUACUUUAUCGUGAAAGUAGUUGAAAUAAGCUUAUUGCUAAUUGGAAUGCGAAUUUUUAUGAGUAAUGUCAUUCGCUAAGGUCAUUGUAGCAUGGCCGUCUAGUCCAUAUAAUCAAUCUAUUCUUUCGAAAUACUGAUUUUUCCUUCAUUUUCAUUCUUAAUCGCACGCACAUUUAAUAAUUUAUAUUAAUACAAUUUGUUUUUUAAUUAUAAAAUUAAAUAUUAAAUAAAAUAUUUUUAAAUUUAACUGAUCGAUAGGACGAACCGAUAAUACGGAUGUGUUUCGUUUGCGCGCGAUUGUAUAGCAGUCGCCAAAUGUCGAUAAACGAGAGCUCUAAUAGUCAAAUACAAUUUAUUUUUUGUAUAUCCAGUCACAACGUGCGGAAGACAUACAUAUUGAAUGUGUACGUUACAUAUCGAUAUAAUAUUGAUUUUAUAAAAAUGAAUUUACCUUAUCGCGACCACAUUUGACUUUUUGACAUCUAAAACCUAUGUAAGUGUGCUUGCAUACAUAGAACGAUAAAUCCUAAAUAGAAAGUUAUAGAUUGUUAACUUAUAAAAAAUAACUAACCAUUGUCAUACGUUCUCGAUUUAUAAUUCUUGCGUAUCGUUAUGUACGAAGAAGUGCAAUAGAUCUCACUUAAUUUGAAUGGACCUAAUGGAUCUAAUGACUUCUCUAUAUUUCUGGAGACUAAAGAAACGAUCUUCAACUGAACAUUUGUAUCUAUAUUGUAUCAAAUAAUCACUAGAUCUGGUUGUUCCGGAUUAUCGGUGCGUUUCAAUCAGACCUGAAAUAAUUUGAUUUCAAAUUGAUUAUAAAUAUUAC